AACACUGCCACUGAAAGAAAGAGAUACUCAAAACACAAACACGCAUACACACUCACAACACUGCCACUGAAAGAAAGAGAUACUCAAAACACAAACACGCAGAGAGAGAGAGAGAGAGAGAGAGAGAGAGAGAGAGAGAGAGAGAGAGAGAGAAUGGAGAGAAAGGUUGUGAUAGUUUGUUGCGUUGUGGGCUUCUUGGGGCUGUUGUCGGCUGCAACUAGCUUUGGUGCAGAAGCUAAAAGGAUUAAGGGUUCUCAAGUUCAUUUUGUUACGGCAAACCAGUGCAUGUAUCCUCGUAGUCCAGCUCUACCUCUUGGUUUAACUGCAGCACUGGCUCUGAUGAUAUCUCAAAUAGUCAUAAAUGUUUCAACUGGGUGUAUUUGUUGCAGAAGAAGCCCUCGAAUCCCAGAUUCCAAUUGGAAGGUGGCACUGGUCUGCUUUGUUUUAUCCUGGUUCACAUUUGUAAUAGCUUUUCUCCUGCUGCUAACUGGUGCUGCACUGAAUGAUCAACGCGGCGAUGAGAGUGUAUACUUUGGCUACUACUACUGCUAUGUUGUGAAACCUGGAGUGUUUGCAGGAGGUGCAAUUUUAUCUCUUGCAAGUGUUGCAUUUGGAAUUGUGUAUUACAUUACCUUAGCUAAGGGAAAGAAUGGUGGCCAUCCUUUUGGUGAUCCCUCAUAUCCUAAUCAAGGGGUCAUAGCCAUGGGACAGCCACAGAUUCCAUCUCAGACUACUCAAGAUCCUGUAUUUGUGCAUGAAGACACAUACAUCAGACGACAGUUCACAUGAUAGGAAAAUAGCAGCUAGCCCUUGCAUAUUGCAUCACUCUGUUAAACUCACAACAUUGAAGUGUGGAGGCUGCUUUAAUCAAAACCUGCUUUAUAAAAUGUAACUUUAGGAAGCAGGGUUUCUUAGGGUUUGUAUGUGUACAUGUGUCAUUAGAAAAUGCUUUGUGAGGGAGUUAUGACUUUUGCCAUGUUUUGUAGUUGGAUGGUCCGGUCCAGACAAGAGACAACAGUAGAAUUAAGAUAUUGACUCUUCAUACUCUUAGCCAAAUAUACAUGUGGAGGUAUAUCUGGAAAUUAUAUUUAAAGUAUUACAAGGUAGGCAAAUAUUAUAAGUAU